AGUCACCCGUGCCGGGAGCUGGGAGGCUGCCUCGAGCGUGGGGUGAUGGGAUGGGAGCGUGGGAGGCUGACGAGCGCCGUCCCCCCCACUCUCACCGCGCCCUCCUCUCCCCCCCCCCCCCCCUUCUCCCCGGGUCCCCCCAGAAUGAGCUGUGCCCCCGCCAGCGCCGACGCCUCCGCCUGACCCCCCCGCCCCGCCAGCCCUGCCCACGCCACCAUGCUCAUCAAGGAGUACCGCAUCUGCAUGCCGCUCACCACCGAGGAGUACCGUGUGGGGCAGCUCUACACCAUCAGCAAGCACAGUCACCAGGAGAGCGAGAAGGGCGAGGGUGUGGAGGUGGUGAAGAACGAGCCCCACGAGGACCCCGUCCACGGCCCCGGCCAGUUCACCGAGAAGCGCGUCCACCUCUCCAGGCACCCAUCUCCAGGCACCGGUGGGUGCCCCAGCCGCGGCGCGGGGCUCGCAAACUGCCGAGCUGGGCACGGGCGGUGACCCCCCGCAUCUUCUACAUCACGGAGAAGGCCUGGAACUACUACCCCUACACCAUCACUGAGUACACGUGCUCCUUCCUGCCCAAGUUCUCCAUCUACAUCGAGACCAAGUACGAGGACAACUGUGGGGACAGCGAGAACAUCUUCCACAGCGAUAAAAUCCUGGGUGACCACGAGAUCUCCUUCCUGGACAUCGCCUUCGACGAGAUCCCUGAGCGUUACUACCGCAGCCUGGAGGACCCCCGUUUUUUCAGCUCGGCCAAGACGGGCCGGGGGCCGCUGCGGGAGGGCUGGCGCCAGCACACCAAACCCAUCAUGUGCUCUUACAAACUGGUGAGCGUCAAGUUCGAGGUGUGGGGGCUGCAGACACGAGUGGAACAGUUCGUGCACAAGGUGAUCCGGGACAUCCUGCUGAUCGGGCACCGGCAGGCUUUCGCCUGGGUGGACGAGUGGUGCGACAUGUCCCUGGAAGACGUCCGGGCCUUCGAGACUCAGAUGCAAGUGGCCACAAACCAAAAACUGGGGAGCCAGCACCCCUAACCCCCGCUGCGCGGGCAGCCUUGCCGCA